CCUCUCCUCAAUUUUCACUCCCAUUGAAAACACACAGCCAAGCCCUCUUUGUCAAUUUACAGAAUCAUCACAAUAAAACCUAACAAACGCUUCUUCUUUUUGUUCGUCGUUUUCUCCCUCGAUUUGCAGACCCUUUCUUUUUGCUAAUUCUCAGCACAUAAAGUGACGAUCUUUGAGGGAAUCUGAAACAUACCAUCGUUUUGUUAAGAGGAUUUGCAUUCGAUCAUGCCGGUUCCUGAGAACACUGUGGCUGUGUCGUCGAUCGGCUCUCAUGCGGUCAAUGAUUCUGGAAAAUCAAAAACCAGCAGCGAUUCCGUGGCUGCUGCUAAGACUGACAAGGAAGCCCGGUUUGAACAAGUCAAACCAGCACAAGCAGCCAUCGAUGGCGACGGCGAUAGCAAAACUGAAAUGCUAAAUGGGUUUAGCAAUGUGGAAAAUGGGGGUGAUGAUGAGAUUUUCGAGAAAAACAUGAGUGAUUUGGUUGAAAUUUUGUCUAAGCUUAACCCUAUGGCUGAGGAAUUUGUUCCUCCUUCCCUUGCCAACCUCCACCACCAUGAUCAAAACCGUCAUGAUAAUCACUUUCUGGAAAUGGGUUUGGUUUUAUUACUGACAAUUUUGCUCUGA